AAAGAUAUAAAACACAAGGCUGCCGAGAAUAAAGCGAGAUUGGUGACAAAAAUAGCUAACUCAAUGGGAAUACGAUUUUCUUCUCUACCGGUUGGUAUGAGCCGGAAUAAGUUGAAUCAGACAAACUAUAGCAAAAAGUUUCCGAGCAAUAAACCACUUUAUGCAUUUUUCGAAAAUCUAUUAUAUGCUGAAUCUCCUCAAGGCAAAAGCGAUUAUCACAUUAUUCGUCAUCAAGUCAACGAUUUUGUUCAAGCCGGCCUUGAUCAAUUCAAAGUCGCUUUAAAAAAAGAGAAGGCACCUCGUGGUUAUUUUAUUGAUGUAUCGAAUGUUAUGGACGCACUAUUUAGAGAUGUUUUAAAGGACGAGGUCAUUAUUGAAUUUCCAAUCUUUUAUAUAUGGUUAAAAUCGGACGAACAGCCUUCAGAUAUUUCUGUGUUGGAAGAGAAAAAGCAACCACUAAUAGUGCCGUUGAGAGAAGCAGCUGGAAACAAAGAUCAUUUUGAUAUGGAUAAUAACAGUCAACUACAGACUGGAAUGGCUCAACAACAGAAUAUUGAAAAAGAGGAUCAAGGGCAGACUCAAGCAGAUGGGAAUCCAAAAAACACGGAUAUAGAUCCGAUUCAGCCUUCAAAUGAUGCUGAAGUUAUCAUAGACGAGAAUGUAAUAAAUGAAGAAAGUAAUGAUGCCAUCGUUACUGAGGAAAUUGAGACAAAAGCUUCUACUGAAGUAACAUGCUCGACGAAUAUACCCAAUGAAAAUCAAUAG